AUGAAGUCAGUAGAGUUUUGUUUCCUUUUCUGUUGCUGGAAAACAAUGUGCUGCAGUAGCUGUGAGCUGACCAACAUGACCAUCACAUGGAGAAAGGAAUGUGGCUUCUGCACAAGCAUCAACACCAUCUGGUGUGUGGGCUGCUACACCUGGGAUCUGGUAUACAAGGAUCCAGCUGGGCCCAACAUCCAGAAAACAUGUAACUUCAAGGAGCUGGUAUAUGACAUAGUGAAGGUGCCUAGCUGGGCUCACCAUGCAGACUCCCUGUAUACAUACCCAGUAGCCACUGAACGCCACCAUGGCAAGUGUGACAGUGCCAGCAGUGACUGUACCAUGUGA